UGUGGAAAUGGAAUCCCUCCAGCUCUUGGUUUCUUGUUCUUCUUCUUCCUUUUUUUUUUUUUUACCUGCCUUGCUGCUUACACCAGCCUUCUUCCCCUUUUUCCCUUACAUGCACACGAUGGGGAGGGGGGUAUCUCCUAUGUCUUCUUUUUGUCAUUCCACACACGCUAUGCUAUAAAUACAGAAAUGGGGACAUGCCCUCCUUCUCAAGCAAUCUCACAACCCACUUAGAACCCAGCAGGAGAAGGAGGUGAGAGUGAGGCAACUGUUGUUGAAGUGGCUAAAUUUUGAGGAGGAUUAGCAGGAAGACCCAGACACAUCUUGGUAUUUGAGAAGAAAUGGUGGGAAUCUUCGCCAGGUUCUCAUCAGUGAGGGGAAGCCACAGAAGGGCUCGAUCCUCUUUGGAUGACAGGGAGGUUCAGAACUCAGAGAUGUUAAAUCCUACUGCUGUUGUUCCGCGCCAUGGAUUCGAAGCAGCGGUCGAUUUUAAGCCUGUAGAGCAUCCAAAUGAACCCCCUGACAAUGAUCUUCCAGUGAAAUGUCCGACACCAGAACCAUCAAUAUUAAAUGAUGCAAGAGUAUGGAAAGAAAGGCUGGCUGGCAAUGCAAGAAGGCGAGCAGAGCUGCCUGUAAUGAAGGAUGAAGAAGCACGAUCCCAACCUGAGAACCCUGUUCCCAAGCAUCCAUCACUCCCCACAACUCCUGUUUUUCUGCCUUCUCUCAGUGCUCCUGAGCACACCAUUAGACAGCUGCUGGAAGAGUGCAGUGCACCCGAAGAUUAAGGCAAAUCGCCGUGCUUAUGAUCAAAUAUGGUGGUUCCCUGAUCAGCUAAAAUUAUUUGCCGAUGCUUGUAAAGUAUACGUGUAUACAUACAUACACUCUGCACUUCGAUCUUAAGUUAGACAUGUUCCGUGUACCAUUUAUGUAACUGCUGCACCUUUCAAUAUUGGGAAUUGUUCAUCGUCUUUGUUAA